CCCGCCGCGCCUGCGCAGUGCGGCCAUGGCGAGCCGCGGGAAGCGGGAGCGGGAGCCGCGGGCAGCCCCGAGGGGCACGGCCGGUGCCAGCCUCUCCUCCUCGUCUUCUUCCUCCUCCUCCUCCUCCUCAUCGCGGGCCUCGUCCCGCAGCCGCCACGAAGGGGAUGCGGAGCGGUCCCGCGGCAGGCGGGAUGGGGAGCGGGAACGCGGGCGGCGGGAGGCGGCGGCGGCGGCCGCGGGUUUAGCGUUGCCGUUGCCGGUGGAUCCCGCUCGGAUCAAGCGGGAGCCCGGGAGUGGGAGCGGUACCUGGGAGCGUUCGGUCCCCUCGGGCGGGUCGGUGCGGGUCAAACGUGAACGUGAGCCUGAUGGAGACUCCGACCCGGAGCCGGAGCCCACCGUCCGCUACGGCCGCUUCGACCCCGAGGAUCAGCGCAGCAGACACUGCCCCUACCUGGACACCAUCAACAAGAGUGUGCUGGACUUUGACUUCGAGAAGCUCUGCUCCAUCUCCCUGUCCCACAUCAACGUCUAUGCCUGCCUGGUCUGCGGGAAGUACUUCCAGGGCCGGGGGCUGCGCUCCCAUGCCUACAUCCACAGUGUGCAGCUCAGCCACCAUGUCUUCCUCAACCUGCACACCCUCAAGUUCUACUGCCUGCCUGACAACUACGAGAUCAUCGACUCCUCCCUGGAGGACAUCACGUACGUGCUGAAGCCAACCUUCACGGCGCAGCAGAUUGCCAACCUGGACAAGCAGGCCAAGCUGUCGCGGGCAUACGAUGGCACCACCUACCUGCCUGGCAUCGUGGGGCUCAACAACAUCAAAGCCAACGACUAUGCCAACGCCGUGCUGCAGGCCCUCUCCAAUGUGCCCCCCCUGAGGAACUACUUCCUGGAGGAGGAGAACUACAGCAGCAUCCAGAGGCCCCCCGGGGACAUCAUGUUCCUGCUGGUGCAGCGCUUCGGGGAGCUGAUGAGGAAGCUCUGGAACCCCAGGAACUUCAAGGCCCACGUCAGCCCCCACGAGAUGCUGCAGGCUGUGGUGCUCUGCAGCAAGAAGAACUUCCAGAUCACCAAGCAGGGGGACGGAGUCGAUUUCCUCUCCUGGUUCCUCAACGCCCUGCACUCGGCCCUGGGGGGCACCAAGAGGAAGAAGAAGACCAUCGUCACCGAUGUCUUCCAGGGCUCCAUGCGCAUCUUCACCAAGAAGCUGCCACACCCAGACCUGCCAGCAGAGGAGAAGGCUCAGCUGCUGCAGAACUCUGAGUACCAGGAGCUGAUGGUGGAGUCCUCCUUCAUGUACCUGAGCCUGGACCUGCCCACGGCGCCGCUCUACAAGGACGAGAAGGAGCAGUUGAUCAUCCCCCAGGUGCCUCUCUUCAGCAUCCUGGCCAAGUUCAAUGGGGCCACUGAGAAGGAGUACAAGACCUACAAGGAGAACUUCCUGAAGCGCUUCCAGCUCACCAGGCUGCCUCCCUACCUCAUCUUCUGCAUCAAACGUUUCACCAAGAACAACUUCUUCGUGGAGAAGAACCCAACCAUUGUCAACUUCCCCAUCACGAACGUGGACCUGCGAGAGUACCUGGCAGAGGAGGCUCAGGCUGCCCACCCCAACACCACCUACGACCUGGUGGCAAACAUCGUCCACGAUGGGAAGCCCUCGGAGGGCUCCUACCGCAUCCACGUCCUGCACCACGGCACUGGCAAGUGGUAUGAGCUGCAGGACCUGCAGGUCACAGACAUCCUGCCCCAGAUGAUUACCCUCUCUGAGGCUUACAUCCAGAUCUGGAAGCGCCGAGAGGAAGAUGAGACCAAGCAGCAGGGAGCCUGAGCCCUGCCCUGGGCACCUCUCUGGGCACCUCUCUGGGCACUCCCUUGUGGGCACCCCUCUGGAGACACCUGAAGUCCACUCGAGGGGCACCCAUAGACUCUCACCCCCCCCACCCCAGGCAUGCCUGUGCCCUCCCUGGGGGCACCCACAGUGUCCCUGGGCACUCUCCCCAGGGGCACCCAUGGCACUCCCAGGGGCACCUGCAAUGUCCCUAGGGGCACACCCAGCCCAGGGCACCCAUGGCCUCCAUAGAGACAGCCAUGCCCACCCUGAGGGCACCCACAAUACCCUGGGCACACUUAGGCCCCUGCCAUGGGCACCCAUGGCACCCCCAGGGGAAUCUGCAGUGCCCAGAGGGGCACACAGGUGCCCCUGGGAGUAGCCAUAGAUCCUCUGGGGGGCACCCACAGCACCCACUCUGGGGGCACCUGUGGCAUGCCGGGCACUCUCAGCCCCUGGAGUGGUGCUCCUGGGGGCACCCAAACCCCUCUGGAGGCACCCACACAGCCCCCCCCCCAGGGGCACCCAUGCCCACCCUGG